GGAUGUGGGUGGGGCUGGGGAAUGUUUGGGGCUGAGGUUUGGGCUGCACCCGGCACUUCACUAGGGUGUCCUGUGUCUUCCUUGGAAAACCUGGUCCCGCUUCCACUGCCCCCAUGAGAUCUUCCUUGCUGAGGCUGAACUGUAUCUGGCAAGAAAGUCGGAGUCCCAGGGGCUCUGCACAGGAGGCACCAGGAGAGCAUCUGGCCUGUCUGCGAAAAGCCGAGGAGGAGUGGCAAAGCGCGGAGCUGCUGAAACAGACUGAAGCCGAGCGUCAGAAGAUCGUUGCGGAGUGGAAGGAGCUGCGAGGGUUUCUGGAGGAGCAGGAGCAGCUCUUGCUGUCCCAGCUGGAAGAGCUAGCUAGAGCCAUUGUCAAGAGAAGGGAUGAAGGUGUCUCCAGACCGUCCGGGGAGAUUUCCCUGCUCGGAGGGAAGGGGCAGCAGCAGCCGAGGAGCCAAUCCCCACAGGGUGCAGGAUGCACUGAGAGCAGCAGGGAGGAUGGGCCGUUUCAGAAGCCAGAGCUGGGGUUUGCGGAGCUGGAGAAGAGACUCAGCGACUUCUCUCUGAAAAGUGCCAUCCUGCAGGAGGUGCUGCUGGGAUUCAAAGAGACUCUGCGACUGGAGCUGGAGAACAGCACAGGGUUUCCAGUUACCAAACCUGAUGAUGUCUCCCAGCUGGAACAAGGGGAAGAGCCAUGGGUCCGGGGUCUCCAGGACUCAGAGGAAAGAGAGAUCCAGGGAGGUGCCUGCAGGACAGGUGAAGGGACAGUAAGUAAGAACAAGCAGGAGAAUCCUCAGCAGAAAGAUCACGAGCAAGAGGGACCACCCGGGAUGUUUUCAGAAAGAUUUGAAGGGAAUGUUCAUGGGAGUUGUGAGCAGAGAAAAGGUCAUGAGAGUCAGCACUGGCCAGAGAGGCAGCAGGGAAAUCAGCCAGGGGAUUGUCGGGGAAGUGGCAAGGACCUCCAGGAAACCACAGCCCAGCAGAGAAUCCCCACAGGAGAGAGAAAAAACACCUGCACUGAGUGUGGGAAAACCUUCAGUAGUCGCUCAAACCUUAUUACACACUGGAGAAUCCACACAGGAAACAGACCAUAUAAAUGCUCAGAGUGUGGGAAAAGCUUCAAUCAGCGUUCAAACCUUAUUAAACAUUGGAGAAUCCACACGGGAAACAGACCCUUUAAAUGCCAUGACUGUGGGAAAAGCUUCACUGACAGCUCAAACCUUACUCAGCAUCAGAGAACCCACGUGGGGGAGAGACCCUACAGAUGCUCAGAGUGCGGGAAGAGCUUCACUCGGAGCUCAGACCUUAUUAGACAUGAGACAAUCCACACGGGAGACAGACCCUUUAAAUGCUCCAAGUGCGGGAAAAGUUUCAACGACCGCUCAAACCUUAUUACGCAUCAGAGAACCCACAUGGGGGAGAGACCUUACAGGUGCUCAGAGUGCGGGAAAAGCUUCAGUGUGAGUUCCAGCCUUAUUACACACUGGAGAAUCCAUACAGGAGAGCGACCCUAUGAAUGCUGUGAGUGCGGGAAAAGCUUUACUCGGAGCUCAGACCUUAUUAGACAUGAGACAAUCCACACAGGAGACAGACCCUUUAAAUGCUCCAAGUGUGGGAAAAGCUUCAAUGACCGCUCAAACCUUAUUAGACAUCAGAGGAUCCAUAAAGGACAGUAGACCCAUUCACUAGGGCUGGCCAAAGAUACUCUUGCUAAUUCCCACAUAGAGAUCUUUAAGGCUGUUUUCACCAGUUGUGUUACCGCAGUCUCUCAGCUGCCCCACUUUUGCCUUUUGCAGCUCACCCUUUGGGGUGAAUCGCUGGGCCCCUUCUAUCAGCUCUUUUGCCCUGGUAGUGGAGGGAAUGGUAUCCCUCACCUGCCAGGAAUGUCCAUCAGCGCCGGGUGGGGAGAUAGGGGUGACUUUGACUAGCUACACUGAGAUAUAAUCUACCUAGGCCGUGUCUCCACUAGGAUUUUCCAUGGAGAUAAUUAGCUCAGGUUAGCUAUCCUGAUGUAAAACAUAACUAUUCUUGCAGUGCAGCCAUAGCCCACAGUGGCAAGCAUUAUCUACCAUGUUGCUCCUUGAUCUGACUUAACUUCCAUCACUUUUCCUAGCCUAGACAAACCCUGGGCAUCAUGGUCCCCCACGGUCAUCAGAGUGAUUGUCAGAGGUGUUGAGUUCCCCCUUGGAGACAGAUUGGAUAUGUCUACACUCCAAAAACUCCUGCAGCAGCAAGUCUUAGAGCCUCCUGGGUCUACAUGCAUGGGCGUAUGCUACAGAUCUAAAAAUAGCCAAGGAAACAGCUGAGGCUGGAGCUUGGGCUCUGAAGCCUGGGGAUGGGGCUUUUAGCGCUGUAGCAUGAGCUGGAGUCGAGACCUAGGAUCUGAGGUUCGCUGCCACUUUCUUUUUUUAGCAGUGUAGACAUAUCCAUAGAGUUUAUCCUGCCUGCAUUCUGCCGCUCC